AUGAUUCUUUUUGUAUCUUUCCUGUUAUUGUACAUUAUGAUAUUAUUGGGGAAUUUGUUGAUUCUAAGUUUAGUCACAUCAACAAAGAAUCUUCAGUCUCCAAUAUAUAUAUUUCUCUGUAGUUUAUCCUUGUCUGAAAUAAUGUUUACAACAAACUUGAUACCUAUGUUUUUACAAAUCUUACUGUCAAAUGGAUCUAGAAUGUAUAUUAAUUAUUGUCUGGCACAAUUUUAUCUGUGUGCUUCUUUGGGAGCUAAUGAAUGUUUUCUUUUUGCAAUUAUGUCAUAUGAUCGUUAUAUAGCUAUAUGUAACCCUCUGCAUUAUGCCUCGAUCAUGAACCUGAAUUUCUGCAUAGAAUUGAUUGUCUAUUCAUGGGCUGGUGGUUUCAUGAGUAUGCUAUGUACAUUAAUUAUGGUGUGUCAGUUAAAUUUUUGUGGACCAAAGACCAUUGAGCACUUCUUCUGUGAUUUUGCUCCACUCAUGAGUCUGUCUUGUUCAGACACAUUUGCUGUAAAAAUGGAAACCUUUCUUAUAAGUUCUUCAGUAACAAUCUUUCCAUUUGGUUUUGUCAUUGGAACAUAUGUGUGUAUCAUAAAAACAAUCCUCAAGAUCCCCACAUCAAAUGGAAGACAUAAAACCUUUUCUACAUGUAGUUCUCAUUUGACUUCAGUGUGCACUUACUAUGGAACUCUAAUUAUUAUUUAUGUACUUCCGGUUCAAAGCCUCUCUUCAUUUAAUAAGGUUGUAUCACUUAUAUACACUGUGAUCACUCCCUUGCUUAACCCUAUCAUAUACAGCCUGAGAAAUCGUGAGAUCAAAGCAGCCUUGCAAAAAAAAAUAAAAAUUUUUUUUGGGAUGGCAGAAUUUAGUUCAUGCUGCUGCUCGGCUGAAUUUUGGUACAGAAAAAAAAUCAGGAAAACAAGGGCAGCAAGCACCGCAGGAAAAAUGGAAGCGUAA